AUGGACUUUGACACAGUGGCGAAAGAGGUCUACCACUUGACUGCAUCCAAUGAAGACAUAGCUGGACCUGUGCGGGAGGCUGUGAAGGUUAUCGAGGAUGCCCUAGAUACGUAUGGUCCGGAGAAGGUUGCUCUCAGCUUCAAUGGCGGCAAAGAUUGCACUGUUCUGUUACACCUGUUCUGCGCGGUCUUGAGACGUAAAUGUCCCAACUUCAAUGGCACCGUGUCGGCCCUAUAUAUCCCCGUCCCUUCACCAUUCCGAGAAUUGGAAGCCUUCAUCGACGCAUCAGCAGAGCGCUACAAGCUCGAUAUCUUCCACUGCGCACCACCUUCUUCCGAUCCAGUAGAGACUGUCGCUGUCAAGGCGACUGUGAACGGGCAUGUUGAGAAGAAGGCGAAAGGCGGCGAGGGUAUGCGGCAGGCGCUCGCGAGGUACAAGGACAAGUUUCCCCACGUCCAGGCGAUCUUGAUCGGCACAAGAAGAACGGACCCGAACGGAGGUAAACUCACGUUCGUAGACCCGACCGAUGCCGACUGGCCACGCUUCGACCGCGUUCAUCCAAUCAUCAACUGGGACUACGGCGAUGUCUGGCGCUUCCUCAGACAUCUCAAUGUCCCCUAUUGCUGUCUCUAUGACGAGGGAUAUACAUCGCUUGGUUCAACGUACAACACAUUCCGCAACCCCGCCCUACUCGUCAAGUCAACUACUCCGGAGAUGUCCCAAAACGGCAAUACCCCUCAUCUCAACGGCCGCGCACCUGCACUGCGUCACGGAAUCUCUACUCUUUCGACCGUGAACGGCGCCGAGCAUGGGAGUGACGCGUUACCAUCAGUCCACUCGCUCAAUGUCGUUGCCGACCCCGAUACCACAUGUGGUCCGGGAAGUAGCAUGCACGACAGCGCACUACCAAACGUCUCGACCUUGCAAAUGGUCGCCGGUGACCCAUCCCGUGUAUGCAUUGGGAGGUCACCAUCACCCGACCCUCGCUCCCAGCAGAGCGGAUCAUCACCGAAUACAUCGAACGGCGUUCACGGUGCACCCAUACGCAACGGAGAAGCUCAGAAUGAACAGCGCUAUCUCCCCGCAUAUGAGCUGAAGGACGGUACAUUCGAGCGCGCAGGACGAGGGUCGCGGCCGAUGGCACCAGCUGUCAACAGCAGCGCUUGA